GGGGCGAGGGGGCUGGGGACACGGCGCUCACCCAACUGCGCUGAUCCUUUUUGGAAAUUAAUAUUAAAAAAAAAAAAAAAAAGGAGCCGAGGACGCAGAGGGGAAGGUGGGGGCAAGAGGGAAGGCGAGACACUCAGAGAGGGAGACAGAGCCCCACAGUGAGAGGAAGGAAAGAAGGCAACAGUCGCCGGCAGCUGAUGUGAAGACGGGACUCCGCGCGCCCUUUGCCGCCUCUGUCCGGCCUCAUCGAUGUUGUGUCCGCCGCCCGCUCGCCCGGAUCACGAUGAAUGCGCAGCUGACCAUGGAGGCGAUCGGCGAGCUGCACGGGGUGAGCCAUGAGCCGGUGCCCGCUCCUGCCGACCUGCUGGGCGGCAGCCCCCACGCGCGAAGCUCCGUGGCGCACCGCGGCAGCCACCUGCCCCCCGCGCACCCGCGCUCCAUGGGCAUGGCUUCCCUCCUGGACGGCGGCGGCGGCAGCGGCGAUUACCACCACCACCACCGGGCCCCCGAACACAGCCUAGCCGGCCCCCUGCACCCUACGAUGACCAUGGCCUGCGAGACUCCCCCAGGUAUGAGCAUGCCCACAACCUACACCACUUUAACCCCUCUGCAGCCGCUGCCGCCCAUCUCCACCGUGUCGGACAAGUUCCCCCACCAUCACCAUCACCACCAUCACCACCACCACCCGCACCACCACCAGCGCCUGGCGGGCAAUGUGAGCGGUAGCUUCACGCUCAUGCGGGACGAGCGCGGGCUGGCCUCCAUGAAUAACCUCUAUACCCCAUACCACAAGGACGUGGCUGGCAUGGGCCAGAGCCUCUCGCCCCUCUCCGGUUCCGGUCUGGGCGGUAUCCACAACUCCCAGCAAGGGCUCCCCCACUAUGCUCACCCGGGCGCAGCCAUGCCCACUGACAAGAUGCUCACCCCCAACGGCUUCGAAGCCCACCACCCAGCCAUGCUCGGCCGUCACGGGGAGCAGCACCUCACGCCCACUUCGGCCGGCAUGGUACCCAUCAACGGCCUUCCUCCGCACCACCCCCAUGCCCACCUGAACGCCCAGAGCCACGGGCAGCUCCUGGGCACAGCCCGGGAGCCCAACCCUUCCGUGACGGGUACGCAGGUCAGCAAUGGAAGUAAUUCAGGGCAGAUGGAAGAGAUCAAUACCAAAGAGGUGGCGCAGCGUAUCACCACCGAGCUCAAGCGCUACAGCAUCCCACAGGCCAUCUUCGCGCAGAGGGUGCUCUGCCGCUCCCAAGGGACCCUCUCGGACCUGCUGCGCAACCCCAAACCUUGGAGCAAACUCAAGUCCGGCCGGGAGACCUUCCGGAGAAUGUGGAAGUGGCUGCAGGAGCCGGAAUUCCAGCGCAUGUCUGCGCUCCGCUUAGCAGGUCAGCAGUUCCCAUCAGCUUCCUCUCAAAGCCGAUAUCCGUAUGGAGCACCCAUCUCAUGCUCUUCUGCCCUGCUUCUGGAAACCGGAUUCACUCCCGCCCCUCUCCCAGGCCAGACAUGCAAAAGGAAAGAGCAAGAACACGGGAAGGAUAGAGGCAACACACCCAAAAAGCCCAGAUUGGUCUUCACAGAUGUCCAGCGUCGAACUCUACAUGCAAUAUUCAAGGAAAAUAAGCGUCCAUCCAAAGAAUUGCAAAUCACCAUUUCCCAGCAGCUGGGGCUGGAGCUGAGCACCGUCAGCAACUUCUUCAUGAAUGCGAGGAGGAGGAGCCUGGACAAGUGGCAGGACGAGGGCAGCUCCAACUCCGGCAACUCAUCCUCUUCAUCAAGCACUUGUACCAAAGCAUGAAGGAAUAACCACGAACUAAAACCUCGGUGGAAAAGCUUUAAAGAAAAAAAUUUUUAAAAGACCAGGACCUCAAGAUAGCAGGUUUAUACUUAGAAAUAUUUGAAGAAGAAAAAAAUUGUUAUUUAUAGUCCAAAGAAACCAAAGACUUAGCUCACCUGCAUUCUAACUUUGUUCAGAGACACACACUUCAGCGGGGCGACGACUUGGCAAGAAUUAUGAGCAGGAAAACACCACUGGAUCUUACACCUUCAGUCCAUGGUCAUUCUCACUGUGCUUGGCUGUUCUGUGGUUUGGAGCAUAGUGGUAUUGAGCCAUCGAGUGGGCAUCUUUCAAGAUCGGACUUUCUCAUCUGUUCCACCAUGCCACGAAGGUGUCUGGUGUCUCAGUACUAUGUGUAUGGGUGCGUGCGUGUGCCCACAUACACACCACCAGUGGUUAGGGACUUAGGCAGGGCUGGUCUUUAGGAAGGGUUGUACUGUAGGAGUGCAACCAGCAGUGUGGGGUUGUCUGAGUUCAUUGGGUUCGGAGUGUGAUUUUGCUCGUCUAGCCUAUUGUUUGAACCUGCCAGGCCCGCAACCUAAACGCAGAUUCAAACCCAGCAAAGAAAAUUUGAAUGACACCUAAACUAGUGCAUUCUCUUUGUUUGUUAAGGAAUGUUCAAAUGUUUUUUAAGAAAUGAAACAAGAGUCCAUCCAUUAAAAAAAAUCACCUAGGUACCAAAGAACACACUGAAUAUUAAAGUGCAGGUAUUUUAUUGCAAUGAUUUUAAUAACCAAAGCUAUUUUUACACAAGAUACUAUGUAAAGUUAUACGUAUGAACUGAUCUAGCUGUAAUACACAUGCCACAUAGAAUCAUGACUAUUAUUUAUGACUUGAAGCAUUUGAAAUACUCGUUUUCAGAACUGGCAAGAAAGAAUGUAGCUUCAGGGAAGCAAUUAAUACCAUAACAGAGAGGGCGAUGCAGCAUACAUGUACACCCAGAUGGCACACUCCCUUUCGGGAUCCAUAAGCGUCACUUCAGUAGACAUAUAACAUGAUUCCAGAAUCUGUUUAUAUAGCUGAGAAAACCUGGGGGUUCCUCCAAAGUAGGAUCCCAUUUGUAAACUGGAAAACAAAGUUUCACACAGUAGGUAACUGAAUUAGAAAAUUUGUUCAAAGUAAUGCUUUUUUAAUAAAAAGAUCAUGAAAUAAAGGACUCCCUACUUAGAUAUUAAUUUAUCAAAUCUGCAUGCAGAACAACAUGCAGAACAACAUUAGUGAGCAGAACAACGUUAUUAUUAAAAUGAACUAUCCAAUAUCUGUAAUCAUUCUAAAAAUAUAAUCAAACUGUUUUUAUUGCUAAUCCCAGACAUUUUAUAAAGACUUGGGCAUCCAUGAAAACAGCAGGUACAACCAAGAAAUGGUGGAACGUAGACAAAGCCAGAGUCCCAGUGGGAGACGAGACUUUGGGUUCCAGAGGUCUUGGGCUGUUUAUCUGAUUAAGCAUAGCCUCCAAAGCAUACUACAUUCUCUCUUGCUACUACAUUAAGCUGGAAAUUUUAUAACGUAGAUUCUACUUUCUAACAGGGACAGAUAAAAACUAGACCUCAACUUCCAAAUAUAAAAAUUUAAAUUUCUAUUUUCCCAAAUUACCUAACCAGGGCCAUAGAAAUCAAAGCAAGAAAGAAAACAAAAGAAAAACUACCAAAAGAUAAUGCCAUGGUACUAGUAGUACCUGAAUGAAUCACUUGAUUUUCACCCCAAAUUCUAUCUGAAUUCCAUUGAAUUGUCACUCAUACAAGUGGAAGUCUUUUGUACUAUUAGGUAAAAAACUGGGUAUUCUUGGUUAGUUAGGAUAUCUAACUAGAAAUAUAAAAUUAAAUAUUAUCUCAACAAUAAGGUAUUUACUGAAAUUCAUUAAAAUGCUAAAGAAAAAAGAUGAAACCAUUUUGAAAUAAAAUCUAACUCCUUAGGAUCAAAUCCCAGCACCUUGUCGAGGUCUAGAAGAGGCAGACACCUGGAGACAUGAGGCAAAACCAAUGAGCCACCUGUGUGUCUGCUACAGCAUGAGGAAAGGAAAUCAACACAUACUUCCCCUUCAAUGAAAUAGCGCAUUUGCCUUGACACAUUCUAUUUUCUUUAUCUUGCCCUAAAUUCCAGCUUAAAAUUUUCCCUUCUAAAUAUGGCACAAUUACAAUUGAGCUAUUAAAAGAGACAAUUUAAAUGGUUACCCUCCAGAUUUGCUGAAAAUUUAAUCUUGUCAAUGACAUAAACUGAAAGGAAAAAACUGAUUUACUUUUUUUCUCUCUCCAGGAAUAGAGGGGCCAGGAGUAGAGCUAUAUAAUAUAUUUCUAUUUAGGAGGGAGGAAAGCCUUAUUUAUUUAAAACAUGAGAAUUUUAAAUGCAGGGAAAUUCAAGCUGUGUCUACACCUAAUCUUACCAAAUUCAAUACCCCAGGAAAAACAAAAGUUGAAUUCAGACAACCAUGGUUUUUUCUUUGCUUUGUUUGUACACAUAAUAACCCUCUCAAAUUAAUGUGGUUGCAUUUUAAAUUUUCAACCAGUUAUUUUGGUACUAUGUAGACACAGUCUCAAAGAAUAUUAUUACAUUUUAAAUAUUCUCACCAUAAUAGUUUUUUGAAAAAUAACCAGUGAUUCUAUUUGCUAACACCAAAGAUAAUUUUCAUACCAGCAUUGAAUGUGCACCCAUUAUGCAAUUUCAGGGCCAAGAGAUAUAUUUUCUCAUAAACAGAUGCACAAAUCCGAGCCUGAAAAGCAAUUUUUUUACUUGACUAUUUAAGCAUCCUCACAACCACUGCUUCUUAGAAAUCAUAAUGGACAAACUCAGCUUCCCACAAGCAAUACACUUAUUCCAUCACAUAUGACUGAUUCUGUUUUGCUUCUGACUUGUCACCUAGAAAAUGCUUCCAUUCCUGCUUCACAUCGCAUUGAUUUAUGGCUCAGGUUCUAAACCCUCCACAACCGAGCAGAUCACACACCAUUUAUUCAACCAUCAUUUCUCAGUCCUUGAACAGAAUUCACCUAAAAAGACAUCUCAUUCUUCUACUUGUAUGUUUGUUUAUUCCAAAACUGCACUUCAAAUAAUACAUUUUGGGUUUUGUUUUGUUGGGGUUUUUUUAGAAUGGAAGUUAGACUGUUUGGGGCCAUAGGUCAUUUAUGUCCUCUCACAAGUAGAAGCUUCCCUGAAAGGGAGCCAAGAGAAAGAGUAGGAAGUCUGGACACCCCAAAAACUCAGUAAAUGUUCAAGUAAAACAAUUCUGAAAAUCAGGAGCUGAGUGUUCCAGUCCUGGAUGUAGUGGGACUACACCCCCAAAACCAAAGAAAAUGUGUGGGGAAAUUCAGAAGUUCUAACUGAACAUGUCACUCACUCUUCCCCCUGCCCCCAAAAAGCAUAAUUAAUUUUCCAGGAAAAAAAGUAAAAGCACUAUGCUUAAUUUGGACUCAUGCCCGUCCCAUUGCUACCCCAGGUGAAUGACCCAUCUUUGCAGAUUAAAUGCAAACUUUGCUAUACCAAAGAGUCCUAGGACAUUUUCUCAUGAGCUAUAAAGGCAUUUUCCCUAAAAAAGGUUCUCCCUUCUUUGUACAUAAAGCAUGAAAACUAUGCAUUUAGCAAACAAAGAGAAAGCACUUCUCCCUUUCCGAUCUAGUUGUUUAGGGUGCAUUCAAAUACCAGAGGCCAUUUUGAGAUGCCGUUGGCCUUCUGGAUUAUUCUUGUGGUGUGGUUAGCUUUACAGUGCAUUUGGUAACUAUUUCCUAAAUAAGAAGGACAAAGAAGCAGAAGGUAAGAAAUAGCUACUUCCACGUGUAAAAAAAAAAAAGUGUAAAGAUCUACUAUUUAUAGUGUGAACCAAAGACGCUACCUCACUCAAUUUCCAUUGGUGAUUUUAAUCACAUUGAUAUGAUACCAAAGAAUACCAAAGAUAUUUUCAUGCACGGCCUCUGUCUGCAGAGGGAACUCCACCCCGGUCCCUUCUCCCACCUCCUUGCCCCUCCUCACUCUUCACUCAGUGUGUAAACUUGUCUUCAUUCUUAAUAAUAAUGAUACGACAACAACAACAACAUUAGGAAAUACUACUCUUACUACUGCUAGUUCUACUUGUAAAUCUCUAGGCAAACAUGUUGCAAACUUUGUAAACUCCUAGGACGAGUGCCUUGCUUGAACCAAAGUGUUAAACCGCUGUUGACCUCUCUCACCUUAUACUCUUUGAAUACCUCAGCCUCUUAGAAAGGCCACUAAUGAAAAAAAAAAGAAGGAAUAAUUAUUCACCGUGGUGCUUUUUCCGUGCAACCAUGCAAUGAAACUUUCUUUGAUACCAAAGGAUGACUUUUUUCCCCCAAUUUCUUGCUGAUAAACCAAAGCUCCUCCUCCUAGUUCCCCUCUGAGGUCCCCCACUUCACGGAGUCCCUUCCCCAGGCAGGCCGUGCACCACUUUUACCAAUUCCUCCAAAUACCUCAUAGUGAUGACGUUUUAGGGUUAUGUUGUAUAGAGAGUUUAUGUGAUGAGGCAGAACUUACUAGUUUGAUAAUUGUUAAGGUUACUUUUAAAAGAAACUUUAUAAUUCUUAUUUAUUUUGUAGCUUGUACGUUUGGGAUGUCCGCCCCCUCCCCGCUUCGGUUUGGGGUUUAUUUCUUGGCAGAACUGCUCUGUUGCUCAAGGAAGACUUAAUUUCUGGAAACGUUCCCCACGUGGGUUAAGGGUUGUGUAAAAAUGCAAGAAUGGAAUAAGAAACGCUUUUCACUUUGAUGGUUACUUAUGAAGUUUUUGUGUUUCGUAGUAAAUUUGUUUCCACAGGGUAAAAAAAAAGUAUAUAUAUAUAUAUAUAUAUAAUCUCUUUUUUGUGAAACUGGUUCCUAUUUUCUCUAUAAUGUGCUGUGAUUUUUUAAUUUAAUUACAUUUUAUAUGAGCUUAUUUAAUCACUGCUUUAAUUUAUGACUGUGUAGUUUUUAAAAUGUAUAUAGUAGAAUCCAAAUGGCCAAAGCUUUAUGUUACACAAUCUUUUUGUUCUUGACGCUAAGAUAAGCUGAAGGCAAGAGCUUCUCUUAACUGCAGGGUGUAUCUUUAGCUUUUUCUUAGCGGGCACUUCCACACGUGUUGUGAACACUGCCAGUCCCCCCUCAGAAACCUGUACAUGCCAAAGUGAGUGUUUGAAGGUAGUCCUAUUUGUCACUUAGAAAGAAGAAAGGCAUUAUUCGUGUUCUUCCUUUAACUUAUUAAUUUUUUUAAAGAAAAGAUUACUUUGCAGGUUAGACCUGAAAUUCCAAAGAAUUUAAGACUAGUUUAAUGUUCCAAAGCACCGGCAUCUGUGAGAUACUUUGCUACUUUUUUUUUUUAAGCCAUUCGCACGGGUAUGAGAAGUAAAGAGUGUAAAAACUCAAAAAGACAAGCUAACUUGAAUUUGGAAAUCCUGUUAAGUUUCACCAAGUUUCUGAAUUGCUUCAAGGCAGGGGGCAGGUCCUGAGGACACAGUUCCUUCAGCAGAGCCGAGAGGAAUAUCGAAUGGCUUCAUGCCCUUACAGAGGAAGUCGAGGCUGAGGGGCAGCUGACCUGGCCCCUGCCCCACGGGCUAACCCAUGGAAAACGCAAAACAUGAUUGCUCAGCCCCAGUGAUCAGUCAGGUUUAAGGACAGUGUUUCACAGUGACACGUUCCACCCCCACGUCUGUUUCUUGGAAUCUGCUACUCACAAUUCCCACCCCCACCUCAUACGCCUGCCCAUCAAAACUGGAAGAAUUCUCCUCAAAUGUCAGAGUCCCCUGGUGAAUGUAUCCCAGGCCUAUUUGAGUUUGUCUCUUCUCACACAUCUCACUACUAGUUUUCUUUCCACGCAGCACAGGCGGUCCCUGCCUCAGGCCCCCUUUGCCAUCGCGGCUGUUCAGGUACUGGGCCCCACUUUACUGUAGAUCUGCACACAGAAUUCUCUGCCGAUUCGUGGCACCCUCAGAAGACCCCGUGCCCAUUAUUUUGUUUUAUUUUGCUGAAAUAAGUUGCUUCAACUACAUGACAUAAAUCCAUAAAUGUAAAUACUUUUCCUCUCAAUACAAGAAAUUUAUAUGAUUUUCUUUGGCAGGGGUGUUUGGGGUGGGGAAGGAAAGGGAGGGCUUAGACUUUGGAUCAAAGGUUACGUUUUCUUAGAAGCAUUUUUAUACUCAUUAUGUGUUUUAGUCGGGCAAUAAAUCUGCUCUGAGUUGCAGGAUCAUUCUGUGCUCUGUCAGUAAGCAUGGACGGAUUUGUUUUUAAUUCGAACGCCGUGCGGUGAGUUACAGAAAGCCCAGGAGAAUGGUGGAGGGAGAAGACUGACCGUCAGCGGGGAACCGCUGAACCGAGUGGUAUUCAUGAGGUCACAGUUCCUGUUUCUAUGUUAGUCUGGAUUUUUCAUGGUAUGUUCUGCAUUUAUUGCAUAAUCUUUAUGGGCUCAUUUUAGAUAUGCCGUCUGAACCAAGUGACAAGUAUUUUUUAACAAAAUAAACUUUAAAACAUUGUCUUCCACUUGCUUCGGUAGUCGUCUUCAUACUCCCUGUGUUUCUUGUCCCUUCUGAAGUCAGCCCACCUGUCUCUCAUUUAGACUGUCCCUUCUUUGCUGUUGUUUGAGUGUGACGCAGUUUCCCUGUUCAAGUUAGCUUGAUGGUUUAUUAUGUAAGGAGGGUGCCUAAGACAAUCAUCAGGUAAAAAUAAAUAAAAAUAAAAUGAAA